CAUUUCAAGCGCUGCCAGUGAGGGUCAGUGAGUAAAAUGAGUUCUACAAACUCCCUCGAUUCAUACUGCGGCGUUACAGCUGAUAAUAAAGAUGAAAUGGUGAAGGAAAUUGCCAAAGUAAAGUCCGAAAAGAUGGCCUUACUCAAGAGUGUAGUUGCAAUGAUGAAGAAAAGAGGAAUCCAGUUCUGGUUGGAUUCUGGGACACUUCUUGGAGCUUACAGAAAUGGRAAAAUGAUUCCMCAUGACUUUGACAUUGAUCUCUCCGUCUUUGGAGAAGAUGACUUGAACGCUGCUCACGAGGUUCUCGAAGCAAUCAAGCCAGACAACUACCACGUCAGAAAAGGACAUCAUAAUCCCGAUUCAGUCAAAGUGUGUAAGAAAAUAGAGAUCUUCAAGGAGGUAAACGGUGGUUAUAACUGCACCCAUCCAAGUAAUGUAUCCAUGGAUAUCAUUAUGUACGAUUACGCAGAUGUCAACAGAAGUCUUAUCAAGACAGAGUACUUUGGCUUUAAUUUGGAAAAGAACCGAUACAAACCUGAAUGGCUUUUUCCUCUAGGAAAACUGAAGUUUGAAGACAUGGAACUUCCGGUCCCCAAUGACCCUGAAGCCUGGCUUUCAGAACAAUAUGGCUACCUUGGACCAGACUGCUACUAUGACGAAACCGUGCACAAGUACCGAAAACGGCCCGCUGCAUGGUGAUAUGAAAUAGAUGGAACAAAGAAUACGGAAUGAUAAUUAUAGAUGUAUUGCAAUUAACACUGGUAUAGCAUGUUCAUCUAGGAAGAUUUUUCUAGGAAAUUGCAGAGACUGACUGAAAGAAACACAUCAUUUCUUGCACGCCAUUCACAAGCAGCUUAAGCAAAAAAAAAAAAAGAAAAAACCUUCACUAAUUUCUAAGAAUUUAACUUCGUAAAGUUAAUUGGAAAAUUAGUUAUGAUUUUCUAAAAAAAAAUUAAAAUAAUUUCGUAAUGCGAAAAAAAUAUUAGGAUGGUUUUCAUCCAUCUUUAUAUAAAAUUCUUGACGUGGCUAUUACACUAGCCUUGUGGUAAUGCACUUAAUUCAUCUAUUAGGGAGAAAACCCCUCUUUUCACGCUCUAUAGCUCUAUAAGCAAGUUUUGAUAAAAACUAGAGCUAAUUUGUGGGUUCCACCUCUAAGAGAUAAUUCUAGUCUUAUUAGGUCAAAAACAAAGACCGUACAGUGUUUGCUCGUGCUCAAUCGUGCUGUUUCACGGUCUAAACGAAAUCUACUCUAAAUAUGACAAAGGACCACAGUUGUGUUUCUGAAUUAAAAAAAUAAAUAAAAUGUAUUUUGGUUUA